AUGGCAUCUCAGAGGGCAUCUCGGCAAUUCCCUAUGCCUGGGAAGUCCUCAAAGUCGCACCAUGGAUUUCUCCUACUCUCCGCGCUGAAAUACUACUUCGGCGGAGCCCGCAACACCUCCGAGCGCCUAUUAGCCUCGAAAGUGGUGAUGGUAACAGGAGGCACAUCAGGAAUAGGAGCAAGUGUCGUCCGUGAACUCGCCGCCCGACAAGCCCAAGUCAUAAUCCUAACCCAACAAUCCCCCUCCGACCUAUUCCUAGUCGAAUACAUCGACGACCUCCGCCGCCAAACGAAAAACAACCUCAUCUACGCCGAACAAGUCGAUCUCGCCUCCCUACACUCAGUGCGUGAAUUCGCCACGAAAUGGAUCGACAAUGUCCCGCCCCGUCGACUGGACGCUGUCAUCCUCUGUGGCGGUCUCGCUGUACCAGCUGCGGCGCGCGGCCAGACACAAGACGGUAUCGAUGACGAGUGGCAGGUUAAUUACCUGGCCAAUUUCCAUUUACUUAGUAUUCUCAGUCCGGCGUUGAGGGUUCAACCUGCGCAUCGUGAUGUGCGGGUUAUUUUCCCUACUUGCUCGAGUUAUAUUGGGGCGAAGUUUGAUUUGGAGACUGUGAAGCGGGAUCAGGAUGAUUCCAAAAACAAGAACAAGAACAAGAACAAGAAAGACGAUCAAGGUCCCGCCGCACGAUUAUCCGUUCGUCCAAAGGUCUACCCCCCCUGCACGCGCGUUCUGAUCGUUGACCCUGGCCUGACACGCACGCCCGGAACUAGGCGCUGGCUGACGGGCGGAUCGCUGUGGGGACUACUGCUAUAUCUCCUCACGUGGCCGUUUUGGUGGCUGGUGCUCAAGUCGCCGGAUCAGGGGGCGCAGAGUAUUCUUUAUGCGGCGAUGGAGGAGAAGUAUGCGCGUGGAACGGGGGGUUGGUUUAUUAAGGAGUGUCGGGAGGUGGAUUGUGCGAGGAAGGAUGUUCAGGAUGAGGAUGUUGGGAGGAGGUUGUGGGAGUUUAGUGAGAAGCAGAUUGAGGAGGCGGAGAAGGAGGGGGCGUUGAAGAGGGCGCAGGCGAAGAAGGUGAGGAAGGAUGAGGAGGAGAAGAAGGUGAGGAAGGAGACUGCUUCGCAGAAGGCGCAGAGUGCUGGGUCUAGACGGAGUCGGAAGAAUAAAUGA